UUAAACUCAUCCCCUCGGAAAUAUCUGCUGAAUUGAAAAAAACACCAAAACUGCUAAGGUUGUCCAACUUCCUCUUCUCCGAAAUGGCUGAGUCGUUCUCUGGCUCCUGCGCGAUCAUUCCCGAUUGUGAUCACCUGGGUACACCACGCUUUCCUCUGCCUCCGCCCACCAUCCAGAUCCUGCCCUGCGCGCGAGCCCACCCGUCCGCGGCUCCCAGCUGCUCUCCACCGUCACCCGGUUGACACGGGCCCUCCAGAUUCGAGCGGCGGCUUGAGGCUUCCUUAUAUAAGAGCGAGGGCGGGCGGGGAAGGGGAUUCUGCCCGUUUUUGAGGCCACUGCUUCGGCUAAUGGGAAGAAGCAGUGAAUGGACGCCGUUUCUCCGGGGUGACGGUUGGCCUGGUCGCCCGGCUGAGAGUGUAGCUGACAGCAGUAGAAGCGAGAGUUGGGCUCAAGAUCGUCUCAAAUUAGACUGGAAUAAAGGCGUGAAAGAGACUAGAAAGAAGACUAGGACUCAGCAUGGAAAAAGAAAGGAAAAAGCAGUCUAGUGUGGACAGAGGAAUUAGUGAAAUAAGGUAGUUCAAGAAUAAUCAGGCGCUGGCCCUGCCGCCUAAAUAGAAGCGAAGCCAACGAGCAUCACGGGAUUUGUAGUCUUGAGUCAUUUCUCAGAAGAUAACGGAAAUGGUCCAGCUGCGCAAAUGCAGACGCGGGCGUCCAGGUGCGCAUGCGCCCCGACUCGGAGCACGCCGCGGGGGCGGAGCUUGUCAGCGUCCUCGCGCCUCCUUCUAGUGGCGGGAAAAGUAGAUCGAAGUUGGAAGUUUGCAGAGUCGCUGCAACAGCUCAGGCUGCUCCUCGCCUGUAGGUCCUCCUCGCCCCAGAAGGCAAAGCAUACGUCAUUUCUGAGCUGAACGAUGGCAACACUACAGAAGGAAGAAUGUGGAAAGGGACCAAAGAAAACCUUUGCCCCACCUACACAAAAAUUGCAUAGCAUGCUGCCUUGCCCUCCUGAUUUACCCAAGGAGGCUCUGGGGAUCGGUUCCCCAGAGGCUGAGGCCAAGCCAAGCCAACCAAAGUUAGAGAAGAAGAAGGCAGCCACAGAGAAAGGUCCAAGCCUUGGCCGUGAGAAGAAAAGAAAGGCUCAAGACAGUAAGCCUGGAGAGAAGAAUGGAAAGGAAAAAAUAAUUCUUACCAAUGCUGAAUUUGAGGAGAUUGUCCAGACUGUGCUACGCAAGUCCCUCCAGGAGUGCUUGGGGAUGGGAUCUGGCCUUGAUUUUGCAGAGACUUCCUGUGUAAAGCCAACAGUGUGUAUCCAGUCAGACAAAGAACCAGGAAUUGUUGCUUCUGCUACUGAUAAUGAUAAUGCCAAUGGGGAGAAGGUAAUGGUACCUCACGCACCAGAGAUUUCAGCUUUUCUGCAAGAUGCAGUUACCCCUGAGAUGAGGGCGUCUGAGCCAGGCCAGGCAAUUGCUGCACCCUCUGAGAAGAAACUUCGUAGACUUUACUUAAGCAAAAGAAAGAAAGAGGCUCAAGAUGAAAAAAUGGAGACACCCCAACAUGGACAUGAGCAUGGACAGACAAACCGACGGGAGGAUGUGAUUCAGAAUCGAAAAAGAAAGAGCAAUGGUUUUAGUCAUUGUAUAGUCUGGGUUCAGUGUUCUUCUCCGAACUGUAGAAAGUGGAGGCGGCUGUGUAGGAACAUUGACCCCUCAGUUCUCCCGGAUAAUUGGUUCUGUUACCAGAAUACAGAUGUGGAUUAUAAUUGCUGUGAUAUCCCUGAGGAGGCCUGGACAGGGAAUGAGAGUGAAGUGGUCUAUGCCUCCUAUAUCCCAGGAUCCAUCAUCUGGGCCAAGCAAUAUGGUUACCCCUGGUGGCCGGGCAUGGUAGAAGCUGAUCCUGACUUGGAGGAGUAUUUUCUUUUUGCUUCUCAUUUUGAUUCUCUUCCGUCUAAGUACCAUGUGACAUUUUUUGGAGAAACAGUUUCUCGUGCUUGGAUUCCAGCGAACAUGCUAAAGAAUUUCCAAGAGCUGUCCCUGGAGCAAACAGGAGUGAAAAAGUGCAGGAACAAGGAUUACAUUCAGAAACUGGAAGUAGCUGUAACCAUGGCUUAUAAAGCAAGGCAGACCGGCAUUGAGGAGCGGGUUAACUUGUUUGGUUUCUGGAACCGAUAUUGUGGAUCUGACAGCAAUGAAGAGAAAAGAGACUUAACACUGUCUGGGGCUGACAGCGCUGAGCCCAACACGGCGAAAGAAGAGGAGGCGUUUGAGAUGGAGGAGAAAGAGCAAAAAGACCCAACUUUGCCUGGUCCCAAGUCAGCCAAGAUAAAGACCAAAAACCCCAAGCCGAAAGGAUGGGGUGAUGUAGGCACAGUGGACGGACAAGACAAGAUUGUGAAAAAGAAGGUAACCAAGAGAUGUCUGCACAGUGAAUCCACAGUGCCCUCUGUACCCAUAAUGGAACGGAAAGAAGAGCAAAGGAAUCCAGAUCUGGACCAGCCAGGAUCUAAGAAAAGAUUUCAAGUUCCCCAAAGCAAGACUCCAGCAGUUAUCCUGCCUGAGGAAAAGGAAGUUAGAAUGGUGCCAAAGGGCCUCACCCCACCACCUCAUCAUAGGGCCCUUCCUUUAGAGGGGAAAGAAAGAUCUACACCCCAAGAGCCGCUGAUUCAGGAGCCUGGAAGUGUCUGCCUUGAAGAUGAAGCCUCCGUUGGCCUGGACCUGGAGCAGAUCAUGGAAGAUAUUGGAAGAAAGUCAGAAGGAGGAGGGGAGCUGUGAGACUGAGACGAUGCAGGGCACUCUUUGUGGCCUCCUGUGAUAAGCAGUGCUGGCCCCCUGCCCUCCUCUUACUCUCUCUGAAACCACAGAGAGGGCCUUUUGGUUCAGUCUCUGACACGUUCUUAAGUGUUUGACUUGUUAAUCGGCUGCAAGGUUCAGUAGCUUCUCAGUUUGUGUUAAUAAAGUGGGCUGCAUGUG